AUGCUUUCGAGCUUGAGAGCGGCGGCCGAAGCCAACGGUAAGCCUAAUUGGGGACUUGGAGGUCCGCACGACUCUGGCUACUACAAGCAAUGGCCUCAAGAAACAGGCUUUUUUCACGAGAUCGGCAAUUGGAACUCACAAUACGGACAUUUCUUUUUGCAGUGGUACUCUGAGAUGCUAAUUCAACAUGGCGACCGAGUGCUUUCCUCAGCUUCAUCAAUUUUUCGUGGAACCAACACGUCCAUCUCGGGCAAGGUGGCAGGUAUCCACUGGCACUACGGCACCAAGUCGCAUCCACCAGAGCUCACAGCGGGCUACUACAACACCAUUUUCCGCGACGGCUACAUUCCGCUGGCACGGAUGUUCGCCAGACAUGGUGCUGUGCUCAAUUUCACAUGCAUUGAGAUGAAGGACGCGGAGCAGCCAUGGUAUGCCCUGUGCAGCCCGGAGGGGCUACUCCGGCAAGUCGCACAUGCAGCACAUGUGGCGGGCACAAGGGUCUCAGGAGAGAAUGCUCUGCCUCGGUUCGACGAGGGAGCCUUCAAUCAGAUUGUGUGGAAAUCGAGGUUGCAGUUCGAUGGCUUCUCCCAUGAGGCCCCAAUGUCGUCGUUCACAUUCCUGCGCAUGAACGAGUGCUUGUUUCGGCCGGACAACUGGCGCAACUUCGUGAUGUUUGUGCGGCACAUGCGGGAAGGCCGGACAUUUGCUCCUUGGGACGAGCGCCACAGACACUCACAUGCACAGCUGCACGCCACAGGAUCUCUCACACAAGCAGCAGCCGCCCUGAUGCUACAAUAG